UACUGUGUUGGCGCCCCGCCCCAGGGAAUUUCGCCGUCACCUGUCAUUUCAAAAAUGACGUACACUUUUUAUUAAUAUAGUAAGUAAACGAUGUUCCACUUUAAUGUUUAUCAACAAGAAAACACCUCGAUUCGUUGUGCAACUCGUUAAAAAAUAAUUAGCGCUAGUUUUCAAACGGAAAAUUUCCUCACUACCAUGAACAAUGUUACAGUUUUGGAAAAAGUCAAAAGCCGACAAUGACAAAAACAGCUUCGCGUCGGCGAGUAGAACCCUUGAGCCGGAUUCAGCGAGACCCAAGGACAAGACGUUGCCGUUGAGUUCGUUCGACGAUGAAGGCCUAUUUGACAUCGACGAGUUUGAGUCGACGAAGCGGCGCUCGAAGCUGUCGCGCACCCUCCACGAAGUCCUAUCAGACAAAGGCGCCUUGAGGUACUUCAUGUUGUAUAUGGAGUCGAGGAACGCGUCCAGGUACCUCACGUGCUGGCUGGACGUGGACGUGUUCAAGUCAAACAUUUACCAAUGUCGGGAGCGCAAAUUGCCAAAUGCGUUUUCUCCAUUGCCGGGGGACCAUGACAGUUUGUCUGUGAGUACUGAUUGUGAUUCGUACACGGCUGAUACCAACAGUCUGUGUGAUUAUUCAACUGCGACGGUGUCGGAGAGCAGAGUUACCCAAAGUUCCAUUGAAGUGAACUCUUAUUGUGAUCGAGAUAUGAGUGAUAUUAGUCCUAAGACGCGGAGUAUUGGUGAGGAGAGCGUGGAUGAUAAAAGGGGCGCCCAUUUGGAGAAUGCUGUUACUAUUUUUAAGAAAUUCAUAGCGCAGGAAGCCGAGUUUAACAUUAAAUGCUCUGAUUCCAUCCGGAAUGAAAUUAUUGAAAAUAUUUGUGAUACUGAGAAGGUUUUAUUAGGGAAUUGUUUCAAUAAAGUACAGAGUUACGUGUAUGAUGUUAUGGAGAAAGAGUACUUUGAGGCGUUCCUCGGGAGUGAUUAUUUCUGCAAACAUCAGAUUGACGUUCUAACUAGUGGGAAUGUAGCGUUGGAUGAUAUCUUGUACAACGAGACUGCUUUAUUUUAUUUCAUGGAGUUUCUAGAGCAAGAAAAUACGUGCGGUCUUUUGGAGUUUUGGAUAGCCGCUACGAAUUUACAACAACACUUGAAAAACCAGAAGGAGUUUUUUGAUCCGAUUGAAGCACAAAGUGACGCUGUUGUAUUAUACGACAAGUAUUUUUCUCUGCAAGCCCACUGUCCUUUAGGGUUUGGGGAUAAAGUUAGGUUCGACGUAGAACAAAAUAUUUGCGGCGAAAACGGCCUAGUUAUAGACUGUUUCAACUUACCUCUAAAAAUCGUAGAACAGGUACUUGAAAGAAACCAUUUAAAGCCAUUUCUCGCAUCUCAGUUAUUUUAUAAAUACUUAUCAGAGUUAAUUAAUACAGUGCAAUCAAACGAUUAUUUAGUUAGUAUUGAAAAUAAUAGACCUCUGUCGUCCGACUGUAGUAGUGAGCGGAGUUAUAGUACAAACAGCGCGUUUUUGGCGCUUGAAAUUAAUAGCAAUAGUACAAAGAGGGGUAAAGAUAAAUGCGCCGAUAUGAACAUCGACACGAGGCAGUUGUGCGAUCCUGAUUCGUUGUGGAAGCGCAGGCGCAACCACAGACUGUCGUGUGGGAGAAUAACGGCCUUGGGAAAAUUCGAGACCGACCUGGAACCAGAACCUGAUAGAAAAGGUUUCACGCUGAAAAAUGUAGUCAAGAAGUUCGUUAGUUUGGACGAAGAUAAGAAAAAAGAAGAAAUGGCGUGGCAAGUAGCCGAAAUGAUUGUCAAAGAUAUAACGAACGUGACGCUGAAUAACGAAAAACCCAGAAAUUCGUGAUUGUGAUAAAUGUUUCAUGUUUAGCUCAAAAAGAUAUUCACCACACGAAAUUUGUAAACUAGUGUGGCAACAGGUAUAUUUUGUACUACGUCUCUCUAAGAAUUGUAUGUAAUUUAUCGUACGUUGUAACACGUUUGGAAUUUAUUGUGUGCCAAAUUGGUCACUAAUUUGUUGGAUGAAUUACAUACAAACUAAGACCGUGAGUGUUAAUUGUUUGCCAGAUUGAACAUUUUGUACUUCCUUUUGCUCUACUUUGUAAUAAACUGUACAGUUUUAUGUUAAUAUUUAUAAAUUAUUUUUGUAUAUAUAUUUUGAUAAGUAUCUAUAUUUUAUUUUCUAACUGUGUUAUUUUUGUAGUG